AUGGCCGAGACCGACAACAAGAAGUUGUCGCAACGGAAUGCUCGUCUCAAGACCCAGCUCGCCGUCGCCACAGCCGAUCUCCAGCGCUCCAACGCCGAAAUGGCCAAGCUCAAGACAGAGAACGAGCUCUACGCCGCUAAGCUACCGCGUUUACAGGCCGAGCUGCUGGAGGAGACGUCGCAGGUGGACGAAACACAGGCCCAGUCGGUGCAGACGCAGCUAGCGUUGACGCAACUCAAGGCGCGGUCGCACGUCCUCCAGACACGAACCUUGGCCCUCGAAGCUCAGAACAACAAAUUGGCUCAGCAAAUGAGAGAACUCCAGCAGCAACUGCAGCGCAAGACUGCGGCACUGCAGCAGCAGACCGAGAAGGCAACGAAGCUCGAGGCGGACGUGAACGAGCUAAAGACAACGCACACCCAGGAGAAACUGGACUGGAAAAGCCGAAUGACGAGUGCGUUGCAGCGCUUCGAGCGUGACAAGACCAAGAUGGAAACUGCGUUGAAGAGCCAAGACAGGAGGGAGCUGCGCGAGGCCAAAGACCGAGCGGAGAAGGCGUCCAAGAAGCGACAAGCUGCCGAAAGCUCAGCUGUGAAGGUCGAAGCGCAGCUGAAGCACUGCAAGCACGAGCUCUCGUCAGCGAACGAAGCUGUCCAGCACCAUAUAAACGAAGUGUGCACGCUCGAAGCCCUCCUCCGGAAGGCUCACCGCACCGAGGCGACGCUCCGCAACGAACUGGCCGCGUGCAAGACCAAGCUGCGAGCACUGCAAGACGAGAAGAAGCGGCGUCUGGCUCGGCCUGCUGCAAUGCAUCCGCGUCGUCAACGCCUCGAGCAGCAGAUUCCUAUUGAGUUGCUGCUGCCUCUCACUGACAGCGACGACGACGACGAAGAAGAAGAAGACAACCAAGAGGAGCGCUGCUGCAGCCUCUGUCUCUCUCUGACCGCGGCGUUCGAGUCACAGUCUCCACUCUGCAGCGAGUGUCCGCAACUGAAAGACCAGCAUAGCAUGAAGACCGUGAGGGCGCUGCUGCUGGCGCUGGUGGGCGCCGGCCUGCUGGCCGCCUGCGUGGUGGAGGCCAUCGUGGCCGGCGUGGACUUCGGCGGCGAGUUCUUCAAGGUGGCGCUGGUCAAGCCGGGCACGCCCUUCGAGAUCGUGACCAACGUGCACAGCAAGCGCAAGACGGAGACCAUGGUGGCCUUCGACGGCGAUGAGCGCCUCUACGGCGCGGACGCGGCCACCGUGGGCGUGCGCCGCCCGCAGACGGCCUACGCGCAGAUCCGCCGCCUGCUGGGCACGACGCUGAGCGACCCGCAGGUGGCGGCGCUGCUGGACGAGGAGCACUUCCCCUACCAGCUGCUGCAGAACGCCACGCGUGGCGGCACCGUGUCGCUGCAGCACGCCAAGGACCGCGUGUUCCACGCCGAGGAGCUCGUGGCCAUGGUCUUCGCGCACGCGCGCCAGAUCACCGACACGUUCGCCGAGGCGCCCGUCAAGGACUGGGUGCUCACGGUGCCCGCCUUCUUCUCGCAGGCCCAGCGCCAGGCCAUGCUGGACGCCGCCGAGAUCUCCGGAGUGCGCGUGCUGUCGCUCAUCAACGAGAACACGGCGUCGGCGCUGCAGCUGGCCGUGCACGCCAGCUACGACCCGGAGGACAAGCCCAAGCGCAUCCUCUUCUACAACAUGGGCUCCACGUCGCUGCAGGUGAGCGUGGCCGAGUUCUCGAGCCAGGUCGUGCCCGACGGCUUCAAGAAGAACAAGACCAUCUCGACCUUCCAGACGCUCAGCAACGCCUGGGACGAGUCUCUUGGCGGCGCCAAGUUCGACCUGCGCCUGGCCGAGCACCUGGCCAAGGAGUUCAGCGACAAGAUCGGCGAGGACAUCCGCAAGGUGCCGCGCCCCAUGGCCAAGAUCCGCGCGCAGGCCAAGAAGACCAAGACCGUGCUCUCGGCCAACGAGGAGAUCCCCGUCGUGAUGCAGAGCCUGUACAACGACAUCGACUUCUUCACGUCCAUAACCCGCUCCAAGCUCGAGGAGCUGUCGGCGGACCUGUUCGACCGCACGCUCAAGCCCGUGGAGGUGGCGCUGGAGAAGGCCGGCCUCACCGUCGCGGACAUCGACGAGAUCGAGAUCAUUGGCGGCGGCGUGCGCAUGCCCAAGAUCCAGCAGCAGCUCUCCGAGUUCUUCGACGGCAAGGACCUGGGCGUGCACCUCAACGGUGACGAGGCCAUGGCUCUGGGCGCGGCGUUCCGCGCGGCCAACCUGAGCAACUCGUUCCGUGUGCGCCAGGUGGGAAUGACGGACAUCGCGUCGUACCCCAUCGGCGUGCGCCUGGUGGACCUGUCGGCUACGGAGCCCAAGGACAGCGACAACAACGACGACGAGGUGGAGACCAAGCAGUGGAUGAAGCGCGCGUCGCUGUUCUCGGAGUCGCACCGCCUGGGUCUGCGCAAGUCGGUGUCCUUCUCGCACUCGAACGACGUGUCCUGCACUUUCCGCUACGACAAGCCGUCCAUGCUGCCUGCUGGCGUGAGCGUGCAGAUCAGCAAGUUCAACAUCACGGGCGUCGAGAAGUUUGUCGAGCGCAUGGCUGAGAAGAACCUCGGCGAGCCGAAGGUGACCCUCUCUUUCGAGCUGGACAGCAACGGUAUUGCUCAGAUUGCCAAGGCUGAGGCCACGCUUGAAGAGGAGGUCGAGGUCGAGGUGCCCGUGAAGAAGGAGAAGAAGAGCAAGAAGGCCAAGAAGGACGACGCCAGUGCUGACAGCAGUAAGGCGGAAGACAAGGAUGAUACCGAGGAGGAAGAGAAGGUGGAGACCAGAAUCGAGAAGCAGAUGAAGACGCACCGUGAGCGCCUGACCGUCGUGCGCGCGUACGAGACCCGUGAGCCGGAGGAGGGCAUGAGCGUGCUGCCAAUGAGUGAGACCGUCAAAAAGGAGUCCAUGCGCAUGCUGACCGAGAUGGAGAAGGCCGACAACAAGCGCCGUGCUAACCUGGAGGCCAAGAACAGCCUCGAGACCUUCAUCUACAAGGCCCACGACGCACUGUCCGCUCAGGAGAGCCAGAUCAAGGAGGUGACGGUGCCUGAGCAGGUCGAGUCGCUGCAGACCAAGCUGGAGGAGACAGAGGAGUGGCUGUACGACGACGGUGACAAGGUCGAUGCUGCUGAGUACAAGAAGAAGAUGGACGCGCUGGACUCGGACCUCAGCGCCAUCCUCUUCCGCGUAACGGAGUCGAAGGAGCUGCCGAUCGCUAUCAACACCGCGCAGGAGUACGCCUUCAGCACGCGCGAGCUCAUGAACGAGUGGAGCACGAGCAAGCCGCAGGUGACGGACGAGGAGCGUAGCGACGUGAUUGAGAAGCUCGACGAGCUGGAGGCGUGGCUGACGGAGUCGGAGGCGUCGCAGAAGGCUGCGUCCAAGCACGAGAAGCCCGUUUUGACGUCUGCUGACGUCGCCAAGAAGGUCCAGGGCGUCAAGAAGUUCGUCGCCGUCCUGGCGAAGCGGCCGAAGCCGCAGCCGGUGAAGACCGACAAGAACGACACCGAGAAGGAUGGAUCCAAGGCCGAGGAAGAGACCUCGUCCAAGGACGCUGCUGACAGCGAUAACGCCGAGUCCAAGACGGAGAAGGAGGCCGAGAAGGAGGCCGAGGACGAGGCUGAGCCUGUCGAGGAGAAGGAUGAACUGUAG